GCUUCUCGCCGUCCACCGCAAAGCCGCCUGCACCUCAACUCGAUCGAUAACAGCCCGCGCGCGCGCGAGCAGCAAGCAGCAAGCAAGGGAAGCAUGGCGACGGCGCACGCGGACGUGGAGAAGGGCGCCGGGGCGAGGAGGAAGGAGGCGGGGAAGGUGCCGUCGCCGCUGUACCCACAGCACGAGGGGGAGAGGGAGUGGGUGCCGUGGAUCGUCCCCGUCUUCCUCGUCGCCAACAUCACCGUCUUCGUCCUCACCAUGUACGCCAACAACUGCCCCGUCCACACGCCGCCCCGCGCCGGCAAGUGCGUCGCCCGCUUCCUCGGCCGCUUCUCCUUCCAGCCUCUCCGCGAGAACCCGCUCCUCGGCCCCUCCUCCGCCACGCUACAGAAGAUGGGGGCACUUGUGUGGGACAAGGUCGUGCACGAGCACCAGGGCUGGCGCCUCAUUUCGUCCAUCUGGCUGCAUGCCGGUGUCCUGCACCUAGUGGCCAACAUGCUCAGCCUCAUCUUCAUCGGCCUGCGCCUCGAGCAGCAGUUCGGAUACGUGCGAAUUGGGGCGAUCUACCUCCUGUCCGGUCUGGGCGGCAGCGUCCUGUCCUCUCUGUUCAUCAGAAACCACAUCUCGGUUGGUGCUUCGGGUGCUCUCUUUGGACUCCUCGGUGCCAUGCUCUCUGAGCUUCUCACCAACUGGACCAUUUACACCAACAAGAUCGCGGCCGUGAUCACCCUCCUGUUCGUGAUCGUGGUGAACCUGGCCCUCGGCAUCCUCCCGCACGUGAACAACUUCGCGCACAUCGGUGGGUUCAUCACGGGCUUCCUGCUGGGGUUCGUGCUGCUGAUGCGGCCGCACUUCGGCUGGAUGGAGCGCUACAGCCUCCCCUCCGGCGCCCCGUGCACCUCCAAGAAGUACCUCGUCUACCAGUGGAUCUUGCUUGCCAUCGCCACGGCCCUCGUCAUUGUCGAAUUCGCGGUUGGUAUGACGAUGCUCUUCCGCGGCGAGAACGCCAACGAUAGCUGCCGCUGGUGUCACUACCUCAGCUGUGUACCAACCUCCAGAUGGACCUGCUCGAACUGAGCAAGGAGGACAUGAACAAAUUUUCUCUGUAUUUUUUUUUGUGUAAUCCCCUGUAUGAUGCUGCAAACACAUGUUCUGUUUAUCUGUAGAUAGAUUAAAGAAGGAUCCUUGAUCAAUCUCAUACUGUAGGUAGGCUCGUCAGGGUCUUCCUCUCUUGUACAAUUGAUUCAUUCUUUGUAUUGCAAUUAUUGAGGCUUGGAA